UCAGGGUGAUGGCCGCCUCAAAUAGCGAUGAAGGCUUCGAUAGCAUACUAUUGGCCUUGAAAUGGAGAGGGGUAUAUCAGAUUUAUCAACUAAUUCCACUGGUCCUAAGUAUUUUACCUACUGCCUUCGCAGUUUCCUGUAUCAUAUUCACAGGAUCUUAUGUCCCAUUCCGGUGUAAAGAGCUUAACCGUACAUCAGUUGAAGAAGGUCUUCCAGUUGGGGAAGAUGACGCUGGAUUAAACAUCACAUACCAUGAAUGUGGCAUCACCAUCACAACCAACAUGUCGGACCAUUUGGAAAGCAAGAGACUGGACUGCAUUGAGGGCUAUGAAUAUGAAGCGGCAAGAGAAUUGUCCCUUGUAUCCGAGUGGGACCUUGUUUGUGAAAAAGAAAGUCUUGGUGAUCUUCUUCAAACCUUCUAUAUGGUUGGUCUGGGUGUAGGAGCAGUCGUUUUCCCAGUCAUAGCUGAUACGUAUGGGCGCAAGUACUCCUUGGUUAUGGCUGGGAUCUCAGCCUUCGCAGUUGGCACUGUCAUGCCAUUUGUUCCACAAUAUGCUGCUUUCGCUGCCCUGAAGAUUCUACAGGGAGCGGCGAUGAUGGGUUGUGUCAUAGCCUCGACAUCACUCUGUCUGGAGCUUGUCCCAGCAAAACAGAGAUCAACCAUCUCUGUCAUAAUCAGUGGGGGCUGGUCAGUUUCAAUAGUGAUCUAUGCUGCAUUUGCCUACCUCGCGAGGAACAUGAGCUGGAGGAUUCAUCAGUUAGUUACGGGCCUCACAUCGUCUUACUUUAUAUUUUUACCCUGGAUAUUGGAUGAAAGCUACAGGUGGCUUGCAGCAAACAAGAAAUACCACAUCAUAGAGCGCAACUUGAAGAAGGCUUGUCGUGUGAACCAUGUUGAUGAAAAUGUUAUCACGGCUCUCUUCAGAGAGAAGGUGAUGUCGCCAAAUGAGGAACAUCACUCUCUCCUUGAUACACACUCCAACCGUGGCCUUGACAAGGUGAAAACAACAGAAACGUUCAUGGUAAAGGAACAGAGGAGAAGCCAAUUCUGCAGAUCUUCAAGGAUAGAGAGAUACUCAAGCUGUCCGCAGUCACGUGGUUUAUGUGAAACAGUUCCUUCCUUCACUGUAGCGGUUACAGCAUUUGCCUUUAUAGGAAAAUUUGCAAUAUCGACGUCAUUUUCAAUUGUGUGGCUGUAUACCCCUGAAAUAUUUCCAACAAACAUACGAAAUGUUGGGCUUGGCCUGGCAUCAAUGUCUGCUAGAAUUGGUGGACUCUUUGCUCCAUUUACACGAACGUUGUACCGCUACCUGCCGUGGGCACCUGGCACUGUGUUCGGCACAUUGUGUAUCGUGGUGGCUCUCAUCGUUCGCUUCCUACCGGAGACCAACAACCAGGAGCUGCCGCAGACCAUCCAUGAGAUGAAGCAGUGGAUCAGGCAACAAAGUGAAACUCCACGGGAAAACAGCAUACCGGAAAAGUAAAAAACAAAUCUGUAUUUUCAGACACGAAAGAAAGAAAAAGUGAAAUAAAUAU